AUGAGCAACGCAUCCUGUCAUGGGAUUGUCCAUCUCGUGGGACGGACAAAGCAGAAGGGUCAGUCACCCUUCUGGAGGGAAACACAGCUGGUGGCUGAGCUGAGAACACAGCUCCCAGCCCCAGAGGGACCCGUUCAGCAUGGCGCUAACUCUCCUUCUGCCUGUGCUGGCCUCUCUCCAGCUCCUUCCCCGGCUGGUGUCCCCUGCAGCUAACCACCCAGCCCCAGCCUUCUCCGUGCAUCCCCAGAAGGUUGAAUACCUACUUGGAGACAUCGUGGGCCUCACAUGCUCUGCUCCCCCUGCAAAGGAUCGGGUGUCGGUAUUCCAAUACUACAGCAAUAUGGGAUGGGCUGUUUCAGCCAAGGUGUCCUCCGGGUGGAAACACACCUACAACCUCAACAUCACCGAGCCACGGAUUGCGGGUUCGUACAGUUGUAACUAUUACACGGGCAAGCCUGGUCAUUUCGUCCACUCCGGGGAGAGCAACCGGAUCACCAUCAGAGUCAAAGACCCCCCUGCAGAGCCGACACUGAGUGUGGAUCCCACGUCUGGAGUGGUGAGCGAAGGGCACCCCCUACUCAUCACCUGUACAGCCCCUGGGGACGCCAGAGAGCUGAGGUUUCACUUCUACCAGGAUGGAGCCAAGAUCAUCCCUGGGGACGCUGGGUCUGAGAUCAGCACCGCGGAGACCAGGACUAGCUCAAUGACAGUCUCUGUGCUCAGCAUCCCGCGAGUUGACACCAACAGCACCGGGGAAUACACCUGUCAGUACGAGGAGAAACAGAGUGAGAGGUGGAUCCUGUCCACCAGGAGCCAGGCUGUGACUGUUACCUUGAAAGAUCCCCCUCCACGACCAGUGCUGAGCAUGGAUCCCCCAUCAGGAGAGGUGAACGAAGGUUUCCCUCUGCUCAUCACCUGCACAGCCCCUGGGGCUGCCAGCGAAUGGAGGUUUCACUUCUACAAAGAUGGAGCAAAGAUUGUCCCUGGGGAUGUGGGGUCUGAGAUCAGCAUCAAGGAGCCCGGCACCAGCUCUAGGAAUGUCUCUGUGCUGAGCAUCCCACGGGCUGGUCUCAACAGCGCCGGGGAAUUCACCUGCGGGUAUGAGGAGAAUGUGAGCGGAAGGUGGGUCCCAUCCCCAAGGAGCUGGCCUGUGAACAUCACCGUGAAGGAUCCCCUUCCCUUGCCGGUGCUGAGCCUGGAUCCCCCAUCUGGGGUGGUGAUCAAGGGGGUCCCCUUAGUCCUCACCUGCACAGCCCCUGGAGAUGCCAGCGAGUGGAGAUUUCACUUCUAUAAAGACGGGGCUGAGAUUGUCCCCGGAGACAUGGGGUCUGAGAUCAGCAUCAAAGAGUCCAGCACGGAUUCCAUGAUGCUCACUUUCCCAAGGGCUGGUCCUGCGAGCUCCGGGGAAUUCACCUGCGGCUAUGAGGAGAACGUGAGGGGGAGGUGGAUCCUGUCCCGCAGGAGUCAGGCUGUGAACGUCACCACGAAGGAUCCCCUACCCUUGCCGGUGCUGAGCCUGGAUCCCCCAUCUGGGGUGGUGAUCAAGGGGGUCCCCUUAGUCCUCACCUGCACAGCCCCUGGAGAUGCCAGCGAGUGGAGAUUUCACUUCUACAAGGACGGGGCUGAGAUUAUCCACGGGGAAAUGGGGUCUGAGAUCAGCACCAAAGAGUCCAGCACGGAUUCUAUGAUGCUCACUUUCCCAAGGGCUGGUCCUGCAAGCUCCGGGGAAUUCACCUGCGGCUAUGAGGAGAACUUGAGGGGGAGGUGGAUCCCGUCCCCCAGGAGUCGGGCUGUGAACGUCACCAUGAAGGCUACCUGGUCUCUGCCCAUCGCCCUGGCGGCUGGGUGCGUUGGUGCCGCGGUGGGUCUGGUUCUGCUGCUGCUUCUCAUCUGUUUCUACAAGAGGAAGAAGAAAGGUUUCAAGUGGGAGCGAAGGAGGAGAACCGAGAACGAUGGUUCCAUCAGCAGUUACUCACCUAUACCUUUGGCAAUGAUCAACCCAGACACUCUUUAACCUCCAGGGGAAAUUACACUGUCCUACCUCAGUGCAUGGGGCUGGACUUCAAGCUCCUUGCCUCUGUGUCCCCUCAGCUCCUUGCCUCUGUGUUCCCUGAAACAUCAUAGGGCCAAUGAAGAUCUGUGAAGCUUACCACACUCACUGUGCAUAUUCUCCCAAGGUCUCCUUCAUACUGGCAGGCACACACCAAGUCUCCAGCCGAAAACAUCCCUGGCAAAAUGAGAUGUGAUUGUGUCUCUUUGCCUGCUGCAGAGAGACUGGGACUGUUCAAAAGGAAGGAAGAAGUUUCUAUUCUCCCAACUUCUCAGCAAAUCUCCCCUUUACCAGGAACGUUCAAGCUGAUGUAAAUCUCUGUAAAUUUCCCAUCUCCUGUUUGUCAUUAAACCUCCCUUUAACCUCCUAUGGUCUUUCUGCCGCCCCCUCCCCCAUGAUUCUAUAAAAUGAGACAUGUCAGGCUGGAAGGGACCUGGAGGGGUCAUGAAGUCCAGCCCCAUGCACUGAGGUAGGACGAUGUAGACCAGUGCUACUCAAAGCAGUGGUCCGCGGAUUGGUGCCGGUCUGUGAGCCAUCAGCUGCCAGUCUGCGUGCACACUGGGGAAAAAAAUUGCCGGUCCCCCACGUCAGAUUGCUUGAGAAGCACUGAUGUAGACCAUCUCCAACAGGUGUUUGUCCCACCUGGUCUCCAAAGCCUCCAGAGAUGGGGCUUCCACAACCUCCUUUGGAAGCCGAUUACAGAGCUUAACUCCCCUUACAGUUAGAAACUUUUCCCUAAGAUGAGGAAUAAUUGAUCCCCGCCCUCUUUGUAACAGCCCUUCACAUAUUGGAAGACUGUUAUCAGGUGCCCGCAGUCUUCUUUUCUCAAGACUAAAAAAGCCCGUUUUAAAAAAAAACCCUUUCCUCAUAGGUUAGGUUUUCGAAACCUUUGAUCAUUUUUGUUGCUCUCCUCUGGACUCUCUCGAAUUUGUCCACAUCUUUCCUAAAAUCCCAGAAUUGGACGCAGUUCUCCAGCUGACAUCUCCCCAAUGCUGAGUAGAGUAGGAGAAUGACCUUCCAUGGUUUACAUAUAAGACUCCUGUUAAUACACCCCAGAAUGAUAUUAGCCUUUUUCACAGCUGCAUCGUGUUGGGGACUCAUCUGCAAUUUGUGAUCCACCCUAACCCUGGAUCCUUGUCAGCAGUACGACCCUCCUAGCCAGUUAGUCCCCAGUUUGCAGCUGUGCCUUUGAUUUUUCCUUCCUAAGUGAAAUUAUUUGCACUUCAAGUAUCAGAGGGGUAGCCAUGUUAGUCUGUAUCCACAAAAACUUUUCACUUGUCUCUAUUUAAUUUCUUCCUGUUGAUUUCAGGCCAGUUCCCCAACUUGUCAAGGUUGUUUUGAAUUCUAAUCCUGUCCUCCAAAGCGCUUGCCACCCCUCCCAGUUUGGUGUCCUCCUCUAAGCCUGUUUUCCACUCUCCAUUCUCCAAGUAAUUCAUGAAAAUAUUGACUAGUACCAGACCAUAAUUGAGCCCUGUGGGACACCAUUAGGUACACCCUCUUGCUUUAAUGGCAAACCAUUGCUAACUACUCUUUGAGGAUGGUCUUUCAACCCGUUGUGCACCCAGCUUAUAAUAAUUUCACCUAGACCACAUUUCCCUAGUUUGCUUAUGAGAAUGUUAUGUGGGACUGUUGAACACCGGACUAAAAUCAAGAUACAUCACGUCUAUUGCUUCCUCCCAUCCACGAAGCUAGUAACCCUGCCAAAGAAGGAAAUGAGGUUGCUUUGGCAUGAUUUGCUCUUGACAAAUCCAUGCUGGCUCUUUCUAAUGAUCUUCUUAUCUUCUAGGUGCUCACAGAUUGAUUGCUUAAUAAUUUGUUCCAGCAUCUUUCCAGGUAUUGAAGUUAGACUGACUGGUUCAUAAUAAAUAAGGUCUUCCUUCUUCCCCUUUUUAAAGAUGGCUACCAUGUUUGCCCUUCCCCAGGUCUCUGGAAUAUCACCCAUGCUCCAUGACUUCUCUAAGAUAAUCACUGAUGGUUCUGAGAUUGUUUCAGCUAAUUCCUUAAGUA